UGUUUGCAAGUUAAUCUAUUUUGGAUCCAAUAUUUUGAAUCAUUUGUUUUUUUUAAAAUAUGUGUAAUAAAAGCUAAACCUAAAAUAGAUACUUUAAAAAGAUUUGUCAGUUAUAUUUUUCUCCAGGACAGCAGUAACCAUCCAUGCUCAUAAAGCUGGUUUGCCAGGCCAAAGUUAUACCUAAAUGUAAGUCAAGAAAAAAAAACGUAAAGGUGAAACAACACUAACAUUACAAUUUAGUGACUACGGGAGGUUUAAAGAUGGUGACCACUGGUCUUGGUCAAAGCUUAAUUCAGUUGAGUGGUCAUAAGUUCAAACCUUUAAUAGCUCACACACCGUCUUGUCACCACCACUGCAUGUCAGAAGAUUCACUUUUUAGUUAUAGAAUCCCUCUAAGUUCGUGGUAUCGCGUUAAUUUCAUUAACACGUGAAAUGUACCUAAACGUAAGAAAUUUAAUUAACAAAAUGAUGCAGCUAGCUAUUUUCUUUACUUGGCGAUCAUUCAACUGUUACUAUCUAUCCAAUUUUGUUUCCCAAAAUGCUAACAUUACUAGCUAACGCAUAUAAACUUGGGAUUCCAUGCAGAUUUCAUGUGGCACAACGUCGGCAAUAAUAAAAUUAAAAAACGAAUAUUGGCACUGGUCAUGCUGGAUCCAUGUAAACUAAAUUGGGUAAGACCCAAUCAAACCAGUCGAUCACACGCUUUAGACAACAGCAUCAGCCUGAAAUGCGGCAUUAUAGCGCGGUAACUCAAGUCUCGCGAGAUCUGGUAGAUUAGGUCCGCACUUUGUCAGCAGUCGCUCGUUCCUCCAUUUCGCUGCGUCGAAAGUCUCCUCCCCGCAACCGCUAGAUUCAGCGAUCCGAACCCAGUCUCUCUUGGACCGUUCUUUAACUUGAGCUCACGAACCUGCCAGUACCUCGUUGGGUACCGAGAGAUAGUUUGGAAUAGCCCCAUCACGGAUUGAGUACGAUUUGACGCGGAUGGCGACUCCUUCAACGAGAAUUUAGUAAAAGUAAACUGCUCGGAAAUUUCAGAUGGAGUGGUAUCCUUGAUCUUAGCAUCCUGGAAGUGGAAAGUACUGAAGAGACUGGUCCUACUCCACAUACAGGUUCAGUGUGUAGCAGAGGACGUCCAGAAGGAGGAAGAGUUGGGGAGGAGGUGGUGCAGCAGCGCACCCCUCCGGCGGUGGCUGUGCUGGGUGGCAUCCCUGUGGCUACGCAGAAUGUGGCCGGGCCACCCCAGCAUGCCCUGCAGCCGGUCGCAGCUGCCCCCCUACCACCGCCAUCGGUCCGCCCCACCACCGACUUGGAGCAGCAGAAAGCAAACAUACAGGUUGCAGAUAAAGAGAAGACCACCAAAGUGGCUUGGCAAAACUGCAACACCAAGGAAUCGGAGGAAAAGUCAGCCUUGGAUUGCAGUACUGUGGCUGCCCAAACACAACUGGUGUCAGCUGCUUUUGGAGGCUCUCAGAAUCUCUCAGAAAGACUUUCAGUUUGUGAGACAGACAGGAAAGAGCAGGAUUUACAUUACGGGUGUAACACUGAUAAAAAAAGCCUUGCACACAUGGAAACAGACAUGGCAGAGGAUAUUAGCAUGGACCACUGCCAAGACUGGACUCCUAAAUCAGGAGUUGCAGGAGACAUCACUGCUCUUGUUAAGACCGAGAAGGGACCCCUGGCUCCAGAGAAGGCAUAUCUGGAAUUUAAAUCAGAGACUGGUCAAGAGGAAUUCUCUGGAACACAGCACAAAGCUGGAGAGAGCUCCCAUAUCCUCCCAACUCAGUACAGUUCAGCAGCGUCAACAAAUAGAGACCACAAGCAACCUGGUGGCAUGCAGCAGUCCCAAAACAUACCACUUGCGCACUCAAACCAGGGCAGUCUGCUGCUUAAUCCUGAUGUCGAGCAAGGUGUGCAACAACCUCUUAAAGGAACAAUCAUUACAGCCUACAGUGAGAUAUCCAGUGAACCUGAUAACACCCAGAAUGCAGUGUGUGAAGAAGAGAGUGAGUGUUCGGGUACAAAAGCAACUGAGACACAGACGCAAGCGUGCAGAGAACAGCACCCAAACUCAGCGGGCUCGUCUAAACUGCCCACUUCCAAGGGAAGUGGACACAGCACCACAAGUGUCACAGAUGAAGGUUCUGGAUACCUAUCUAAAAGCCUUCAUCAACCUUCCCUUCCUGCAGUGGAGACUGAAUUGGCCUCUACUACACAAAGAACAACCAUCCCUAGUGCUACCUUCCCUCACAAAACGCCUGUUUCCUCUGACCAGCCAGAGAACACACAGACUACCCAAAAGAAUCAGUUGAGCCCCGAGUAUGUGAAUUGCAGUGGAACCCCUAAACCAGUGUUAAUGGGGAAUGAGACCAGUGCAAAUGACGGGCAGGAGAAUAUGACACUCUCGUUGGAUGGAGAUCUGUUUGGCAGCAUGGCUGUUACAGAAGUACUUUAUGAUAUUUCUGUUGAAGAACCAAAGGUGCUGGGGGAUGGGACAUGCGCACUCAGUGUUCAGGCCCCCAGAGUCACUGAAGGGUCCCAUGUAAUGGUAUGUGGCUCUUCAGAUGUGAUUAUUAAACAGAAUGACUGUGCCAACAGUAUACAGAUGACUCUGUACCCAGAUCGCCAAUCGGAUGGGAGCAGUCUACUCUCACUCACAGACAAAUGUACAAAUUCAGAGGGACUAGACUCAAAUGAGCCAUGUCUCUCUCAGACCAGCAAUGACUGUUUGAUCCAACAAGGACAAGAAUCCGUUCCAACAGAUUGUAAGUUCUCACAGAUAAUAUGUCUAAAUGAUGGCUUCUCUACACCAGAUGAUAUGAAUGUGGGUGAGAAGCAAGAUGAGGGCACAGAGGCUCUUUCUGGGCUUAAUACUGUUGAGGUGAAAGAUUUUAUUGAUGUAGGUAUCUUAAUGCAGCCAGGUAUGGAGGACACAUGGUUAGUUGUAAGUGAGUCUUCUCCACUGAUAGAUGGGCAGUGUGAAAGCACAGAGGAUGCUGAGAUGAUAGACAUUAGCACAGAGACUUUGGUGGACUGUUCUCAGUCUCAGCCAUCUGUUGCUGUCUAUGAGUGCACAGUGCCCUGCUUCCCCUCAGAUGCUAUUCAUGAAGAUGUUAAGCUGCUCUUACCAGAAAAAGGAGAUGAUGUUGCAGAUGCACAUUCUUUUGAAUGUUUAACAGAAACAUUGGCAGGGGAGCUUGAUCCACUGUCCUCAUAUCCCCCAAGUGUUUUUGCUUUACAGAAUGUUUCAUCUUGCUCAAAAUCUUUAACAUCUUUAACUCUAAGCCCUUCUGAGAGAUUACCUUCUGUGUCCUCCAGUCAAAGACAAAUGUCUGAAAUUUGCAAGCAGAAUUUGGUUCCAAAGCCCACAUUUUGCUCCACUGUUGAGAGCACAUUUGUUACAUCAGAUCCAGUCCUAAUCAACACACACUCCUCUGCACCAGAGGAGCAAGUGAAGUUGACAGAAAAUACACCAGAUGUGUCCUGCAUUUCUCUCUCAUCUGGUUCUAUUGAUCCAAAGCUGCUCAUCCUAAAAAGAGGUGACACUCCUCUACUUAAACAUCCUCCUUCCAUGUUAGCUAGGACUUCCAGGAAUCAAAACCCACCUGUCCAGUCUGGCACCCCCAUUGAUGGUUCAGGCACACUCUCUGGAGAGUGCCUUUCUGAAAAUGACUCCAAUGUUCCAGCAAAAAUGGAGGGCCCAGCAACUCUCCCCAAUUUUCCUGUCCCACAUGCUCCCCCCAAUGUUACUGCUUCAUUCUUGAAGGAUGAGUCCGAGAAAGAGGCCUUAAUCGAAUCGGAAUAUUCCCUAGGGUUUGAAGACCAGAUCUCCCAAGAUGGGCCUCUCUCAAACCCUGCUUCGUCUACCGCAGCUCAGUCUCGUAGCUCGCCCAGCCUGCCUCCAAGGUCAGGCGCUAUAUGGAGCAGUGUAUGCAGUGCCAUCACUGAGCGGAACCAGUCUAAACAAUCUCCUGCCAACCAUCCAUGCCAUGAUUCCAUGUCAUUGGGCGGUGAGUUGGAGGUGGAGGAGCAGCACUUACCCAUUCAAGACUUGGCUGAAAAAGAUGCUCAGCACAAUGCAUCAGGACAGCUUGAUGCUUCUGUAGGAGAGAGCAGUGAUGGAGAGGCAGACAGCUCUAUAGAAGCCCAAACUGAUGACAGCAUUGUCAUGCCCAGUCCAGCACAGAACAAGGUUCGCCAGUGGAUAGCAGGCAGAGCCACAGCAGGCUCUACUCCCUCCACUUCUCGCACACCGUCACCACCUGCCUCGUCGUCAGGUGACUGGAGCCAGGCUCACGCAGACAGGGCUUCUCCACUCUGUGGAUCUCAUGGGAAACAUGCUCUGCCUUCACAGAGCUCUGGUGGAGCCUCUCAGUCAGAUCAAAUGCUUACCCAGCGGUCUCGCUCAGAGAAGCAUGCCGAUAUGGCAGAACUGGCCAAGCAUGAAGCUGAGAUUGAGCAUCGCACACUUGCUCUGAAACGUGAGGGGUUCUGGUCCCUAAAACGUUUGACUCGUGUGACAGAGCCAGUGCGGCCCAAGGUGCACUGGGACUACCUCUGUGAGGAGAUGCAGUGGCUUUCUGCUGACUUCGCACAGGAGAGGCGAUGGAAGCGAGGGGUGGCCCGAAAAGUGGUGCGCAUGGUGAUGCGACACCAUGAGGAGCUGCGGCAGAAAGAGGAAAGAGCAAAGCGUGAAGAGCAGGCCAAACUUAGGAGGGUUGCUGCUUCCAUUGCUAAGGAAGUCCGUGCCUUCUGGAGCAGUGUUGAAAAGGUAGUGCAGUACAAACAGCAGUCUCGCCUGGAGGAGAAGCGCAAGAAAGCCUUAGAUCUGCAGCUGGACUUCAUCGUGGGUCAGACAGAGCGCUACUCAGACCUGCUCAGUCAGUCGCUGCAGGCUACUCCUGCAGCCUGCAGCAGCGUCACUCCCCAAUAUAAAUCUCUAAAUGUCACUGAUGAUGAAGACAGAGACUUUGAGCCUCCUUGUGAGGAGGAGGACGAUGAAGAGACAAUUGAAGUGGAGGAGCAGCAAGAGGGGAACGAUGCUGAGACACAGAGAAGGGAGAUUGAGCUGCUAAGGCAGGAGGGCACUCUUCCGCUGGACCAGCUCCUCAGUACUCUCACUCUCCCCCAGGACUCUGCAUCAGAAGAGGAAGCUUCAGAAGCUUCCUCCUCUACAGUAGAUGAGGACAAAGAGUUCUCAGCUAAUGAGGAAGAUGCGGAAGACAUGGAGGACACCAUUGCUGCACAGGAGGUAAUUGAAGGAGAUGGAGAUCAUGCAGAAGAGCUCGAUGAUCUGGCCAAAGAAGGCGAAAUGAGUAUGGAGGAGCUGUUGGAAAAGUACAGAGGGGCAUAUGCUUCAGACUUAGAGGAUCCCUCAGCAUCACCAGACUCCUCAGAGGAGUCAGAGGGCACUGAAGAGGAGGAAGAGGAGGAGACUGAGGGGGAUGAAAGUGACGAUGACAGUGGCACCUCCUCAGAUUCAGCUGAAGGUGAAGACAGUGAUGAAGAGGAAAAUGCUGAAGCAGCGGAAAGUGAUGAAGAUGAAGAUGAGGAUGAGGACGAGGAUGAUGGCGGAGAAGGGAUGGAGAUUUUACUAAGGGAGGGAGAUCACAGCCCCUCUGUUCCAACAUCUCCACGUCCCAAAAAGGAGAUCAGCCAUAUAGCUGCUACUGCCGAGAGCCUUCAGCCUAAAGGAUACACGCUGGCCACAACCAAGGUGAAAACCCCUAUUCCAUUCUUACUUCAUGGCACCCUCCGUGAGUACCAGCACAUUGGACUGGACUGGUUGGUCACCAUGUAUGAAAAGAAGCUCAACGGUAUUCUGGCAGAUGAGAUGGGGCUUGGUAAAACUAUUCAGACUAUUGCUUUGCUGGCACAUCUGGCCUGUGAAAAGGGUAACUGGGGGCCCCACCUGAUUAUUGUUCCCACCAGUGUGAUGUUAAACUGGGAGAUGGAGCUGAAGCGUUGGUGCCCAGGUUUCAAAAUCCUUACUUACUAUGGUAGCCAGAAAGAGCGCAAACUCAAGAGACAGGGCUGGACCAAACCCAAUGCCUUCCAUGUGUGCAUCACUUCGUACAAGCUGGUUUUACAGGACCAUCAGGCUUUCAGACGCAAGUCCUGGAGGUACCUCAUUCUGGACGAGGCUCAGAACAUCAAGAACUUCAAGUCUCAGCGCUGGCAGAGUCUGCUAAACUUCAACAGUCAUCGGCGGCUGCUGCUCACAGGUACUCCUUUGCAGAAUAGCCUGAUGGAACUGUGGUCGCUCAUGCACUUCCUCAUGCCACACGUCUUUCAGUCACACCGUGAGUUCAAGGAGUGGUUCUCCAACCCACUGACUGGCAUGAUUGAAGGCAGCCAGGAGUAUAAUGAGGGUCUUGUUAAAAGGCUUCAUAAGGUGCUGAGGCCCUUCCUUUUGCGGCGCAUCAAAGCAGACGUGGAGAAACAAAUGCCCAAGAAGUAUGAGCAUGUUGUGCGUUGUCGCCUCUCCAAAAGGCAACGCUUCCUCUAUGAUGACUUCAUGGCACAAGCCUCCACAAGGGAGACUCUGGCCAGUGGCCAUUUCAUGUCUGUGAUCAACAUCUUGAUGCAACUGCGUAAAGUGUGCAACCACCCCAACCUCUUUGACCCACGGCCCAUCCAGUCCCCUUUCAUCAUUGAGCCUGUCGUCUACUCCACUGCUUCCCUGGUCUUGCAGGCCUUGGAGACUUCCCCUUUACAGCGUUGUGAUCUCUCUAUGUUUGACCUGGUUGGCCUGGAGGGCCGUGCAUCUCGUUACCAAGCAGACGUUUACCUUCCUCGGCGGAAAGUGACUCGCCAGCUGAUUCAGGAGAUCAUGGAGUCACCUGAGCCUCCACCCAGACCCAAACCUGUUCGCAUGAAGGUCAACAGGAUGUUCCAACCACUUCCCAAAUCCGACGGGCGUUCAGCAGUGACUGCUAACACCCCAAGGCCCACAUGUCCUGUUUCUCCUGCUGUCCAGCCUGCAAAACCCCCUUUAAUCACAGAGGUCACCCCUACUCAGGCUCCUGUACAGCUGACAACACAAGUGUGUCCUGUAACUCCUGUUGCUGCUCCACGACCUCCCAUGUGUCUGAGUGGCUCCUCCACAGGUGCUCCACUCAGACCCAGUGCUCCUCAACCAGCUGUGACUACUCGCCUCCCGGUGCCCUCCACAACCCCUACAGUGUCUAUUCCCACUCAACCCCCCAGCAACGUCAUGACCCAGAGGGUCCUUCUUAGUCCUGACAUGCAAGCUAGAUUACCAUCUGGAGAGGUGGUGAGUAUUGCCCAGCUGGCCUCUUUGGCGGGGCGUCCAGUGUCAUCCAGCCAGGGCAGUAAACCCGUCACCUUUCAGCUGCAGGGUAACAAGCUCACGUUGUCUGGUGCCCCACUCCACCAAGUAGCCGCACCCCAGCCUCGGCCCAUUCAAGGGAAUGUAAUGCAUCUGGUAUCCAGCGGUGGGCAGCACCACCUUAUUAGUCAGCCAGCUCAGGUGGCAGUGCUCCAUACACUUAGUCAGUCAGGUAGCAGUUCAGCAAAUCCCAUCCCAGCCAGCACAACCCCAACCUGCUCUGGACUAGCAGUACCCCUCACUGCUGCUCAAGUACCAUCUUCCAUGGUAAGUGGACCAGGAAUUGUGAAGAUCGUCGUGCGCCAGGCAGCAGGCAAAGAGAGUGGGCAGGUCCCCACCCUGGCUGUGCCUCCCUCUCCUCGCGUUGCUCCUCCCCAGUCUGUCUUGCUCCAUCCACAUGGGACCCCAAGCCCUGCUCUCAGACCGCCUACUCCUCAACAGGCUCCCCAACGACCUCCUGCUUACGCUGCACCACCCCGAGCUCCUACCUCGGCCUCUGGCCAAACUCCGCCUCCGUGCCCUGUGCUUAAGGUGGUACAAGGAUCAGCACCAAGCACUGGUCUAGCUAAGGUGAACGCUUCAUUAGGGCAUGAGGAGAGCAGCAGUAGUGAUGUCUUCACUCUCCGUAUGGGCAAUCUUAAGCCUCCAUCCUCCUCUCAGAGCAGUGCGUUUGGAUUUCAGCGUCCCCGAGUCCAGCUUCCACCUCCACCACGAUCCCCCUUCUACGUGUCAUGGCUUUCAGACUGCCGUAAGGCCCAGAGAAACGACCGGAUCUCUCGAAUCUUUCGGGUCAACGAACUGCACUGCAAUACCAAGCCUGUGUAUGGGCGAGAAGUCCUGGACUUCCUCACUUUCCUCCCGGGAGUCGGUCCCACUCCAGCUCGCCCUGUCGUCAACAGUUGGAGCCACUCGGGGUAUAGCUCUUGUGUCACUGCUCAGUCACAGCUAUCAAGUGACUAUCUGGACCGGAGCAAGAUCCUGCGGGAGGUCAUUCACAACUCUGAGGAGAGGCUUCAGAUGUUGUCUGAAGUCAUAGAGCGGUACACGUUUGUCAUCCCUCCAGUGGAGACCAAGCCCAUCACCAUUCACUGCUGCCAUCCUCCUCCUUCACUUGGCUACAAGCAGGCUAUUUUCUCCUCUGUGUUGUCCGCCCACGUUUCUCCCCUCACGUGCAUGUUGCACCGCAUCCAGUGCAGUAUGCGGACUCAGUUCCCUGACCUGAGACUUAUUCAGUAUGACUGUGGCAAGUUGCAGACACUCCACCUCCUGCUGCGGAAACUGAAAGCUGAAGGUCACAGAGUGCUCAUCUUUACCCAGAUGACCCGCAUGCUGGAUGUGCUGGAGCAGUUCCUCAACUACCAUGGACACAUUUACUUACGGUUGGACGGCAGCACACGAGUGGAGCAGAGACAGGCCCUUAUGGAGCGCUUUAAUGCAGACCGCCGCAUCUUCUGUUUCAUCCUGUCCACCCGUAGCGGUGGUGUGGGGGUGAACUUGACAGGGGCUGACACAGUAGUGUUCUAUGAUAGUGACUGGAACCCCACCAUGGAUGCUCAAGCCCAGGACCGCUGCCACCGUAUUGGGCAAACUAGAGAUGUUCAUAUCUACAGACUUAUCAGUGAACGUACUGUAGAGGAGAACAUUCUGAAAAAAGCCAAUCAAAAGAGGAUGUUGGGUGAUAUGGCAAUUGAAGGGGGGAACUUCACUACUGCGUUUUUCAAACAGCAAACCAUUCGUGAACUGUUUGAUGUGUCUGAGGGAGAGAAAAAAGAGGCAGAGUCAAGUGUACCUCCAUCAGAUGAUGAAGAGGCCGUCAAUAAACAACAAACCACUAUUUUAGAGCAGGCCUUGUGUCGUGCCGAGGAUGAGGAGGACAUAGUUGCAGCUUCCCAAGCCAAAGCAGAGCAAGUAGCUGAGCUAGCAGAAUUUAAUGAAAAUAUUCCUCUGGAUGAUGGUGAAAGCAGAGAACAGGAAGAGGAGGAACUUUCUAAGGCUGAACAGGAAAUUGCUGCCCUAGUUGAACAGCUUACUCCCAUAGAGCGAUAUGCCAUGAAUUUCUUGGAGGCAUCUCUUGAGGAUAUUUGCAAAGAAGAAUUGAAACAGGCAGAGGAGCAAGUUGAAGCUGCAAGGAAAGGACUAGAUCAGGCAAAGGAGGAGGGACUAAAACUCCAUCAGUCAUCUGACAAUGAUGAUGAGGACUCCAUGCCUCUCACUCCUGAGGAACAUCCUCCAGCACGCCGCACACGCAAACACAAAGAGAAGGGUGCCCCCUCUACGAGGGUCAGUGGCAGGCUUAGAGGAACACCUGCCAAAACGGGCGAUGAUGUGUCUUCAACACGUCCAUCAACAGACACAGAUAGAGGGAGUAGGGGGGAGACGCUGGUAUCUGAGCCCAGUAUCAGCCGUGCCAGUCUCAAGUCCCCCCAGGCUAGAGAAGUGCCUGAUAGACCCCGUAGUGGUAUGCGAGGGAGAGGGGCAACCAAAGAACCCGUGGCCUUCCCAGCACACAUCCAACCAGAGCACCCAAAACUUCAAACUGAUCAGCAGCUCUCUGAUUUAGAAGUGACGCAAGAUUUAGUCUCCAGAUCAAGACAGGCACCAUCUCCUCUUCGCCAGUCCCUUUCUCCAAGUUCAGUGGCUUCAACUGCUGCCUCUCCAUCAGUGGACAGAAGCUCUAGUGGACACGCUUCUGCAGUGCCUACACAAAGAGAAACGGGUGAUGAGCAUGGAACAGAUGCACACACUGAUGUUCCUCUUUCGGGCAUAAGAGAGAGGGGAGCAUCAAUAUCUUUGGACUCUACCUGUUCUUCUGAACACCAGCUGGAGCAGGAUGGCCAACACUCACAGGCUUCUCCACACCCACGUUCACCACGUAAGAGGCAGACUGCUGAUGGAGAGGUCUUAAGAGGCCUUCCGGAAGAUUCCCCAUCUGCUAAGGUUCUUAGGAAGCUUCCCGGCCGCCUGGUCACUGUGGUUGAGGAGAAAGAACCAAGGCGAAGGAGGAGGGGUUGUAGUAUGAGUGGGGGAGUGCAUACUGAAGGUUCGUCAGAAGAGUUGGAGCAGGCUGAAUCGGCUCAAGAUGCUGCCCCCUAUUCUCCUGAUCGAGUAAAUCAACUGCUCAAAGAUAAGACUCUUCCUAAAUCGCCAUCUAUGUCACCCUCUCAGACACAGCAAGCGCAGGACCAGGUCUCUCCAUCAUCAUCAUCGCUGUCAAGUCCGGGUAGAGGGUACCACCCGUAUUCUCCAACUCACCAUUCACCAGACAUGCCUGUUCUUAGGAAUUUGCCAGUGCGCCGGCGCCUGGAGACAGAGUCUCGAAUGGCUGCACAGUUAGGAGAACAGUACCCAGGUAGAGGCAGAGGGCUGGACCGACGCACUCCACUGUCACCAAAGAAACAGGAACCUAUUUCAGCUAAGGACAACACUGCCACCCCUGCUGUUGCUCCUGAUCCCAAUGCAGCCAAUCCUAAUCCAGUGAAGCGAAAAAGGGGUCGACCUCCAAAAGUGUCUAGGCCACCAGAAGCCCCAGAGCAAAAGAUUCCCAUGGUUCAAAAAUCAAUAACUGAAGAACAAAGUCCACCACCCCCAAUAAUAAAACGAAAGCGGGGUCGACCUCGCAAAAAUUCCAUCAUAAAUAUAGCAGAUGCUGGUAAUUCUGGACAAGUUUCAAGCUCUCCUUCAACCUUUUCCCCAUCCGUUUCACAUGAAAGCCUUUCUUCUCUAAACCGUAAUUCUUCUGUUAGGCCUUUAAUUUUGCCCUCUGACCCUGAGUGCCCAGUAGUACGUUCUCCAUCUGAUGUUCCUUCUGCAUCAUCUAAAGCUGCUGAUUCCAUGCCUUCUCCUAAAAUGGACUCUCAGUCCACUACACCCAUUCCCGAAUUUCCAGCACCAAAUGAAUCUCGGAUAAAGCUAACGCCUACUUCACAACUCUCAUUUGGUGAUGAACACACCAAUCUGAAUGUCAUGGCUUCACAUUCUGAUUCUCCAACUAUUUCAACAAUCACUUUAACACAAGCCAUUCCUUCAGAAAAUAUCAGUCCCAACAACCCACAACCUUCAUUUUCACUACAGCCCACCGUUACCAGUGAGACUUGUGCUGUCUCUACCCCUGUGCCUACCCAACAACUUGAUCCUUCAUCUGCAUCCUCUGUUUCUCAAAAUAGUCAAGUCAACAUAAUGUCUUCACAGCUGGAAGUUUUUCCAAGCAAAGACACUGUUCCAGAGUCUUUACUGAAAUCUAGUCAGAGCACAUCUCUACAAGACUCAACCACACCGACUGAAUUAGUGAUGCAGCACUCUCUUAAAAGCAACUUGGCAGCAGCUGGCCCUCCAGAUAUCUCUAUUAGCUCCACUAUAAUUAGAACCUCUCCACAGUCUUCACCCACAUCUGCACAAACAUCUAGCAAGGUCAUAUCCAUACCAAUUGUGACCACUGACCUUCCUCAACCUUCCUCGGCACCCACCUCUGACUUGUCACAGCCUUCCAUUACACUUAGUACACCAGAAGUCUCACAGGAAUGUGCAUCUAAUCCUAAACAGACAAAGACUGCUCCAUCUCAGUUUCAUGCAAAAUGUGAACCAACAAAAACAUCUGCACCUUUAAGCCAAAUGACUAUAACCUCUGCACCUUCACCAACAUCACCUGACCAAAUGACGGUUGAUCCUCCUCUGUCAUCGUCCUUUUCCAGCCAGAGCAGCGCACACAGGCCUCACAGCCCUGCAGAACAGCCUGCAUAUGGGAAACAGCAAAGCCAAAAAGUCUCACAGAAGGAGGGACAGAUUGAAAACAAAGAGGAAAUGGAAAAGAAAAAUUCUAGAAUACCAGAGCACGUAGAGAGUGAUGACAUUCAGUCUCAGGCCAAAAGGAGGAGAGUGGAUGAUCCAAUGUCCGAUGCAUCACAGCCUAUAUCCUCAAUCUCAGAAGCAGUGAUGCAAACUGUUCCUGAGAGCGACAGUUUGGAUAAGCCAGUAGAAGAAGAGAGUCAGACAGAGCGAGAAAACAGAGCCUCUGGCAAAAAAAGAAGCAUUAGCAGACAAAGCAGUCAGGAAUCUGUCCGAUCCUCCUCCCCCUCCUCUGUUUCUUCCGGUGGCACUCGCUUGUCUUUGUCAAAAAAGGCUGGAGAGAGCAGGAUGCCUGCAAAGAGGAAACGAGUGGAGACGGACUCAGAAAAGGAGAGUGCACACAGAGAGACUCCUAAAGAUCCAGUGACUCCUGCCAGAAGACGGUGUUCAAACUCCUCCUCCUCCUCCUCCUCAGACUCUGAAGACUCAACUGGCCAAAAGAGACGUCUUACUCGCUCAUCGCAUAAACAUUUGGAGGAGACCCAGAGUGACAAAGGUGGGGAGAAGACUAACAGACGCAGGAGGAGAUCAGAUAAGAAGAGUCAUGAAGCUGCCACAGAAGGGGAGUCCAGUGGAGUAACACCCCAUAGGAUAACCCGUAAAUCAACUCCAACCUCACCCGAGCCUGAGGUGCUGGGCAAACGUUGUUCGGCUCUCAAUGCUGCUGCCAAACUCUUGGCUAUGAGAGGACGGGGACCAGAUACACCAAGUCCUAGCUCAAAGGGUAAGGCUGCAGGACAACAAACCACCUCUGAAAAAAGCAUCAAGCCUAAGGGCAGGCCAGGACAGGACUCCCCUAAGACAAAUUCAGUUCAUAAUAAAACGGGUAGUGGUCGACACACCCCUACUCAUUUAACUGAUUCCCCGCAGUCGACAACUGGGGCAAGUCUCUCUGCUGCCCGUUCUACACGGCAGCGACCAGGCAACCUUGUGCCUCCCUUGAAAUCUGAAAACAAGCGGGCAAAAAGAGAGGAAAAGAAAAAGACCUCUGAUCAGAAGGAGGAGGUGGAGGAUGAGAACAGGGAGACGAGGUCUUCGAGAGGUCACAGCGCAUGCAGUAGCAUUAGCAGUGAAAGAGCAAGCAGUAGGAGCCGGAGCAGCAGUAACAGCAGUCAGUGCGCUCACAGCCUAAGCUCUCGCAGUACCGGGCCACCACGUUCCCGUUCACGAGCUCCUUCCUCUGGCAGUGAUACAGAGAGAGGCAAAAGCAGGCAGAAGAAAACAGGAGAGAGCAGAGGUCGUGAAAGCAGGAGAGGGAGACGAUCGCAGAAGCACGAAAAGCCAGAGCUGAGUGCUGGGUCCAGCGAGGGAACUCCUGACAGGGUGCUUCGGAGUGUUGCUGCCUUGGCAGCAGCCCAGGCUCGGACUCCUGCCAGCAACACCCGCUCCUCCUCCACCCAACACAGGCACUCCAAGACCUGAUCGGGACAAAAGGCUGAACUAUUAGGUGGUGGAAUGAACUAACGAGAACUGCAGUGGAGAGCGGACAAAUUUUACGGGUUUUGAGGAACGGGGAUCAAUCUUAAAACUUGCCAUUCUUUAACACUGUCAAUGGGGAGAGGUAAAAUCAAGUCCGUUGCACUUUGCGAUAAGAGAUGAACUUGCUUUUGACGCAUUCUCACCUAUGUCAAGUUAAGCCAUCUUCAGUGUGGAGAGGAAGCGUAGAUGCAAGGCAGAGAUGUGAGCAAAAAGGGUACCUGUUCAAAAUGUGGGAUUGCUGUCAUCACGAGAUUGCAAAGACAGUACCUCAAAAAUACCACAAGGACUUCGUAAAGCUGGGCAAGGGGCAAGAGUUGUUGUUAGUUCACACUAUGUACUGUAAUCAAAUAAAGACUGGAAUACUAAAAGAAGUAUGUGUUAAGAUGGGUCACUUAGGUUGUACCCUUUAUACAGAGUUUACUUGUGCUGCAGAGCAGAUCGCGAUACAUCAUUUAUGCUACAUUCAAAAGAUUGAGUGGGAUUGUUCAAUUGUUAUAACAUUUUUAAACAGUUGGGUUCUGACAAAAUAUUUGCCAGCCGUUGACUAUUGUUUGUUUCAAGUCAGUUAAUGAAUUAAGAAUGUUGUGGUUUCUUCCAGGGUAUGAAGAACAGAGCAGGUCGGUUAAUGUGAUUUUUGCUGCACUAUGCUGGAAGUUGGUCUUCACUCAGACCUUUGUCUUGUGUAAAAACAUUUUUUCUACCUGUCCAUUAAUUUUACAUCCAGCCUGCAUUUUUCCAUUUGCACAUCUCACAUGACCCUGGCGUUGGAGUGCAUUGUGAUUUAGGUUUUUGUUUGUUUUUGUUUGUUUGUUUACCCCCUUUAAAAUCAGAUUUACUUCUUUACUGGUACCUCACAUAAUGUGUAAGUACAGCUCUUGAGCUUGUGAUGAAUCUUGAAGUCUACUUGUCAUUUGCUUUCUGGCAAUACAGAUGUGAGGGUAAAUCUUUUUCCAUCUUUUCAAGGUAUUGGUCAAUAUGGUCUCCUUUUUGUUACAUUUUAUUGUCAGUCUCAAAUCAUUGUGACAAAGUGAGAGUGCCUGUUGAUCCGCAUAGAGGAUCCCUGUCUGCGUUGUUAAGGAAAGUUUGGGAUUCAAACAUUUUUAAUGUUUAAAGUGUAAUAAAGACAUUUUCCAUCCUAAACCACAAGAGGUACAUGUCUGUUUGCAACCAAAUUGAAACAUCUUUAAUGUAAAUUGCUGUUUUCAAAAUAAGUCCUUUUUAUGGCGAGCCUAAAUGGAAAUAUUCCUGCAAGACCCUUCAGUAUGUUUUUUUUUGUUUUUUUCCUUUCCUAUUUUUUCAGCUGAACCUUAGCAGUCAGUGGUUGUCUUUGUCCCAUAUUAAUGGAAGAGACGUCCUUUGGGGGAUUGAUAGAAUGUGGUGAUGGUCUUAUUUUUAUUUUUUUGUGUGUUCUAAUUUGUUACAUUCCUUAUGUUCCCUUGUAAUUCCACAUCGUUUUACUUGAAAGAUUGAAACAACAAAAGUCGGUUGAAUAAAAAGACCAAAAAUAAAUAU